GCUGACCGUGACGUCACGCGUAUUGUCCGAGGCUGAUCAGCUGAUCACACUGAGAGGAGACAACCGCGGAUUAGAAACACACAGGGACGCUUUAAUUCACCGUAUAUUACUGUCUUGUGUUCUCUGGUGGUGGUGUGAGCGCUAGCAUUGCAUCAUGGGGGAGCUAUUCCGCAGCGAGGAGAUGACUCUGGCCCAGCUCUUCUUGCAGUCCGAGUCAGCCUACUGCUGUGUCAGCGAGCUCGGGGAGAUCGGCAUGGUGCAGUUCAGAGACCUGAACCCCGAUGUGAACGUCUUCCAGAGGAAGUUUGUUAAUGAAGUGCGUCGUUGUGAAGAGAUGGACCGCAAACUGAGGUUUGUUGAAAAGGAGAUAAAGAAGGCCAAUAUACCCAUUGUGGACACAGGAGAGAACCCAGAGGUCCCUUUCCCUCGAGACAUGAUCGACUUGGAGGCCGCGUUUGAGAAGCUGGAGAUCGAGAUGAAGGAGAUCAACACUAACCAGGAAGCCCUGAAGGUUAACUUUCUGGAACUGACCGAGCUCAAACACAUCCUCAGGCGCACACAGCAGUUCUUUGAUGAGAUGGAGGACCCUGCUCUACUGGAGGAAUCGUCCAUUCUGUUGGACCCGACCGAGGUUGUCCGUGCUCCUCUCAGGCUCGGCUUUGUGGCAGGCGUGAUUGGCCGAGAGAGGAUUCCCACCUUUGAGAGGAUGUUGUGGAGAGUCUGUAGAGGCAACGUGUUCCUGCGCCAAGCGGGCAUAGAGGACCCCCUGGAGGACCCCACUACAGGUGACCAGGUGCACAAGUCGGUGUUCAUCAUCUUCUUCCAGGGAGAUCAGCUGAAGAAUAGGGUGAAGAAGAUCUGUGAAGGGUUUCGGGCUACACUGUACCCCUGCCCUGAGACUCCACAAGAGAGAAAGGAAAUGGCAGCAGGAGUCAACACCCGUAUUGAUGACCUCCAGAUGGUGCUGAAUCAGACAGAGGAUCACCGACAGCGCGUGCUACAGGCCGCUGCUAAGACCCUGCGUGUGUGGUUUAUUAAAGUGAGGAAGAUGAAGGCCAUCUACCACACGCUCAAUCUCUGCAACAUUGAUGUCACCCAGAAGUGUCUGAUCGCUGAAAUCUGGUGUCCCUUGUCUGACCUGGACUCCAUUCAGCUCGCUCUGCGGCGAGGCACCGAGAAAAGUGGUUCCACCGUUCCUUCCAUCCUGAACAGGAUGCAGACCAAACAGACUCCACCCACCUACAACAAGACCAACAAGUUUACCUCUGGCUUCCAGAAUAUCGUGGACGCAUACGGUAUUGGCAGCUACCGAGAGAUGAACCCAGCACCCUACACUAUCAUCACCUUCCCCUUCCUGUUUGCCGUCAUGUUCGGGGAUCUGGGCCACGGCUUACUGAUGACCUGCGCCGCUGUGUAUCUGGUUCUGCGAGAGAGUCGGCUCAGCGCUCAGAAAAACGACAACGAGAUUUUCAGCAUGGUGUUUGCUGGGCGUUACCUUAUUCUCCUGAUGGGGCUUUUCUCCAUGUACACCGGGAUCAUCUAUAACGACUGCUUUUCCAAGUCGCUCAACGUCUUCGGCUCCAGCUGGAGCGUGCGGCCCAUGUUCGAAAAAGGAAAAGGCAACUGGACCUUUGAGACUCUGGAGGAGAACAGGCUGCUGCAGUUGGACCCCGUGGUGCCAGGAGUGUUUGGAGGACCCUACCCCAUCGGCAUUGACCCGAUCUGGAACAUGGCCACCAACAAGCUGACCUUCCUCAACUCCUAUAAGAUGAAGAUGUCCGUAAUCCUGGGAGUUACUCACAUGCUCUUCGGAGUCACUCUCAGCCUCUUUAACCACAUCUACUUUAAGAAGCCUCUGAACAUCUGGCUGGGCUUCAUACCCGAGAUCGUGUUCAUGAGCAGCCUGUUCGGUUACCUGGUGCUGCUCGUCUUCUACAAGUGGACCGCAUACGACGCUGCAACCUCCAAGGAAGCUCCCAGCCUCCUCAUAGCCUUCAUCAACAUGUUCCUCUUCAACUAUACUGACCCUACUAUCAAACCGCUGUACAGAGGACAGGUGGUGAUCCAGUGCCUGUUGGUGGUCAUCGCUCUUUUAUGCGUGCCCUGUAUGCUUAUAGUAAAGACGCUGGUUCUGCGCAGGCAGUAUCUGUGGAGGAAGCACCUCGGCACUCAGAACUUUGGGGGGAUCCGGGUGGGCAACGGCCCUACAGACGAUGAAGCCGAGAUCAUCCAGCAUGAUCACCUCUCCCAGAACUUAGAGGAAGAGCCAGAGCAGUCAGAAGAGGAAGUGUUUGAUUUUGCAGAUGUAGCAGUGAAUCAGGCCAUUCACACUAUAGAGUACUGCUUAGGCUGCGUCUCGAACACGGCCUCCUACUUACGCCUGUGGGCCCUGAGCCUAGCCCACGCACAGCUGUCAGAGGUGCUGUGGUCCAUGGUGAUGCACAUCGGACUCGCCUCUAGAAAUUUUGCCGGCUCCUUUGCCCUACUUGCCAUUUUUGCUGUCUUCGCCACACUGACAGUGUGUAUCCUACUGAUAAUGGAGGGUCUGUCUGCCUUCCUACACGCCCUCAGAUUACACUGGGUGGAGUUUCAGAAUAAGUUCUACUCCGGACAGGGCUUCAAGUUCAUGCCCUUUACCUUCGACAGCAUCCUGGAGGGAAAGUUUGAAGACUGAACAGCCUCCACCUUCUCAGCUUUAACUCCACCAUCACCCCCUAGCCCCACCCCAAAUCCACCACUAUAAGCACCAGUCAGAGUAGCAGUAAUGAGAGUAAGAGUCAUGAAAUACAAGCUCCAUCAUUUAAACAUAUAUCAGGUGGAAAAAUAAUCGUGGGCACUUCAUUAUCGUGUAUAACAUUAAUUCUGCUCUCUUAUUUAAAUUCCAUAAUUUAUGAUUUGUUUGUAUGAUGUGGCACAUCUACAUAAAUAAGCUAAUUUUGUUUGUUCAAGAAGAAUUGAAUAUUUAAAUACAGCGUAUAAAGCGGUCGUGUUUGUCGUGUAUGCAGUACAUUGAGCUGAAUAUUACGUGUGGAUUUCUGGCCUCCGUCCGACCUCACUACCACGUUUCUCUCUAGUUAUUGUUGUGUUUAUUGUAACAGACAGUUCUGAACUAGUCACGCCUCCUCCUUUUCCUCUUUCUAUCUUUCAAUCAAAGGGACUCGAUGCAAAAUGUCGCACUUCAAAAUUCCCUUUUAUUAUUUCCACAAAACAAAAUGUGUUUACAUCUAUUUAAAUAUACGUUUUACAUAGUGAGCACUUUUUGUGAUUAUUUUCUGUCGGUUUUUUUGUUGUUGUUUGUUUUGUUUUUUUAAAGCAACAUAUCUGAACUUGAUAAUCCACACAUAUAUCAUAAAGGUGGUUCUGUGGGCUGUUCGUGAUUGACUGGUUGAAUGUCAGGAAGCCUCAUGCUAUAAAACAACUACAGGGUGUCCCAAAAGAGUUCAUACACAGGGGACUAUGAUUGCCAGUGCCACGUCAGUGGAUGUCGAAUUUGUUAAUAAGUGUGACAACAGUGUUGUGUGUGUGUGUGUGUGAUGUGCUCACCAUGUUUCCUAUUAAACUCCACCGCAACCUUGUAACAGCUUCCCGAUCCAGCCACGAGAAUGAUUUCAAUGCCUUCUUCUUUUUGUCAAAGGCGUUAUUAAAGGCUAUCUGAAAAAAAAAUAUAUAUAUAUAAUAAAAAAUUUUGGAAGACAUUUUGCUAAAAAGUGUUAAUUUACCCUGUGUAUGGAGACUUUUGGGACACCUACUUUAGGUUAUCUCACUAACCCUUAGACAGAUAGUCGCUGUUUCACCGCUCAUCAUUGGUCUUUGUGUUCGAUUUUUUUUUUCUUUUCUUUUUAGUUGUACACUUUGGUACAUCAUUUUAGUCGUUUUGGUGUGUAUUUGUUUGUUUCUUUGACAAACCAAAUGUGGUAGCUCUUGCAGGCAGAGCUAAAAAACGCAGCAGGGAAUUUGCAAUGUCAAAUUUUACGAAGGAAAAAGAUUUGGAUGUUGCGUAUAUUUGUCAAUAAAACAAAGCGAGGCUGGGAAA